AUGUCAACGCUCAAUCAACCUAUUCCUCCCAAUUCAACCCUUGCUACAACAGCAAGCUCAAACCAAAGCGGGUCCAACGACUUUGUCAAGAAGUUGUUUUUGAUGUUGCAAGAAGAUAGCUACAAGGAUGUUGUUAGAUGGACAGACAAUGGUGAUAGCUUUGUUGUUAUAAAUACAAACAAUUUCACCAAAAACAUAUUACCACGCCAUUUCAAACAUUCUAAUUUUGCAAGUUUCGUACGACAGUUGAACAAAUACGACUUUCACAAGGUCAAGAUCUCCAAUGAGGCUAAACUGACGUAUCCUUAUGGCGAAGAUGCUUGGGAAUUCAAACAUCCAGACUUUAGAAUGAAUGAUCGUGUUUCAUUGGAAAAUAUAAAACGAAAGGGACCUUCGACCAAAAAGAAUAAUAAGCAGAUUCCCAACGGAUCAAAGGUAAAGACUAAAUCUAUUACACCAAAUAUGGUGAAGGAAGACUCGAAAGAGAUUGAUGACAAUGGAGCAAACGACGCCAAUACAACGGAAGCGGUAGAGGAAACCAACGCCAACAGCUAUUAUGAUGAUCGAUUGAGCCAACUCACUUCUGGCCAAAACAAGCUAAGAGACCAAAUAAAUCAUGUCAAGGACACAAAUCAAGUGCUAAAUCAGGAGAUUAACAUACUACAAAGAAAGUACCAAACGUUGGUUGAACACAUUGUCUCCAUAAACUCGUUUAACGAGAGAUAUUAUCGGUCAAUUGGUGUCUUCGUAAAUUCUUUAGUACAAGCAGGGAUCAAAGUCCCACCAUUGGAUUUUCCGCCACCAAACACGGGUCCUUUUCAGUUGCAGGAACCCAAUACCAGCUCAUCGUCUUUUCCCAUGACUCUGAGCUCCAUACCAGCUUCAUCGUUACCCAGUAUAUCCCAACAUUUGCAACUGCAAUCACCUCGUGUAAACAAUUUACAGUCGCCACUCAUACCUCCAGCGCAAACUGGCUCGCCACGGUUGCCGAUCCCUCAAACAGCUACAGCAGCGAAUGUACAACCGCAACUGUCGUUGCUCAAUCUGAAUAAUCGAGCCUUAUCGAUCCCUGGUGGUAGGCCGACACCAAAUUCAUUUGCAGUGACAAGUCCUAUUAGCGGUUUAGCAUCAUUGAGCCGGCUGCUGUCGAUUCAUCAAUUACCGCAACCUUCUUUUCCCCAGGGCAAGGCCUCUACGCAAGCAAAUAACUUAGGUACCAAUUCGACCCAUCAUAAGCACAACAAGUCCGAAGAUAACAGAUCCAGUGAUGGCAACAUCCUCAACACCAACCCAGAACAUUCUCUGGGGUCGAUUGACGCAGGUUCAAAAGGCAACCACCUUCCCACAUCAGGUGAAUUUGUCCAGCCAUCGCCUUCAAAUAAACCCAUAUCCCCAAUGACUAGCACAUCAGCUUCGCCCAAUAGCAAUGUUCUUCCGCAAAUUAGUACCACGUCGAUCCCCAACCCCAAAUUCCACGUUCUAUUAGUAGAGGACGAUAAUGUAUGUAUUCAAUUGUGCAGGAAAUUUUUGGUCAAGUAUGGAUGCCAGGUCACUGUUGUCACCGAUGGUCUCAACGCCAUUUCUACCGUUGAGAGUACUAAGUAUGAUUUGGUGUUGAUGGAUAUAGUUAUGCCCAAUUUAGACGGAGCCACGGCAACCAGUGUCAUUAGAUCGUUUGACACUAGGACCCCCAUUAUUGCCAUGACAGGUAACAUUGAGGACAAUGACUUGGUCACAUACUUGCAGAAUGGUAUGAGCGAUAUUUUGGCCAAGCCAUUCACCAAAGACGACUUGUACUCCAUACUAGCGAAGCAUUUGUUGAAGGAGGAUAAGCCAGACGAAGAACCCAUUAAUAAGAAACAAAGAAUAGAGUAA